GGAAGCCGGGCGAAGACACGCCAACCAAUGCUCGCGGGCGACGAUGCUCUGGUCGAGUGGACGACGCACCGACAAUGGGGCACCUGCUCCUUUUAGUCCAUGCACACGAUUCCUUUACUCUGCGUUGUGGUCUGGACGGAGUCAGUGGAGCCCUUGUCCUCGGUAACAUUUUCUUCCAAGUCUCGGAACUAUUGCGGUGCAGUAGCGGCGACGACCUCACUUCCCCUGAACCUGCAAUUGGUUCAUGACGUCGUUGAUUGUACACAAUCCGGCGUUUAUGGUUUGCAGCACGAGCCUACUCACUUGCCAAGCUAUGUUGCCAUGCCGAGAUAUCCACAGCGACGUGGACUUGGAACAGCCGCGUAUUUGGGACUGAUUCCACAUGCAGGAGUGGUUGCAGCCUAUAUUCACGCCAGUGGGCUGUAUGCGCCCAAAGUGGAGACUCCUCCUUGCCGGGUGAAGCUUCCCAGGUCCUCCACGUGGGACCUUCGGUGCGCUAACGUCGCAAUCUCAACAAACUCAUCACUACUGUAAGUGCCGAGUGGGUGAGGUCCGGAUAGAUGUGACAAGGCAUUAUCCGGAGAUACCGUGGGUCAUCGUGAUGGCAGCGACUGGCGUUGUCGGCGGCAUCCGUCGAUAUGAGAUCUCGGCGCUGUGUGCGCUAGGAACCAUCCUUUGCUACGCCGACCGCACAAACAUCGGCGUGGCGAUCCCGUCGUUUCAACCCGAUCACGGAGUCCAAGGCCAUAUUCUGUCGGCGUUCUUCUACGGGUACAUUGCGACCCAGACUCUUGGAGCGCAUGCGGCAGAGCUGUAUGGGCCCAAGAUCGUGCUUCUUGCUGGCGUCGUCACUUGGACGUUCUUCGACCUGCUCACAGUGCCGUUUGCUCAGUCAUCGACGUUGCUCUGGAUCGCCCGCGUCGGGAUGGGUCUUGGAGAAGGCAUCAUCUUCCCGUGCAUGCAUGGGAUUGCUCUGGCGUGGUAUCCGCUGCCCGAGCGCAGCCGCCUUACAGCGAACGUCAGUAGCGGCAUGGAUCUCGGGACUGUUGUAGCUAUGUCGCUUUCGCCGUGGUUGAUGUCGCAGUUCGGAUACCCCGCCAUCUUUAUAGCGUUCGGCGCGCUGUCGACGGUGUGGGUCGUGGUGUUUUACGUCCGCGGCGCCGACGCACCCGAAACAGACAAGUUUACGUCGGUGGAAGAGCGCGCAUUGAUCGUUGCAAGACGAGGCGCCCCCGACGAUGACGACUCGACCAUGCACUUCUACGCCCCACCCGUGCUUGCUAUCUACAUAACUCAUUUCGCCUACAACUACGGAUGGUAUGUCCUCCUGGGCUGGAUUCCACAGUACUUGCGCCUCCAGCUGCAUUUACAAAUGGCCUCGUCGGGAGUGGCCGCGGCCCUGCCCUACUUUUGUGGGUACCUCGGCGUGCUCUUUUGGGGCUAUCUAUCGGAUUGGAUGAUUGGCAAAGGCGUCCGCGUCCUCACUGUGCGCAAACUCAUGAACGGAUUUGGACUCAUCGGGUCGGGCAUCACACUCUACCUCCUUCGCUUUUCGUCGUCGAGCAUGGCGGCCGUUGCUCUGCUCUCACUCACGCUGUUCCUGUCCCGGGGCGCGACCGCAGGCUUCUGGAUCAACAUGCUCGACGUAGCACCGCGCCAUGCCGGCCAUUUGAUGGCUGUGAGCAACACGAUCGGGACGAUUCCGGGCAUCUUUGGCAAUAUUGUGACGGGUUACAUUCUCCAAGCGAGCGGGAAUUGGGACCUCGUGUUCUCGAUCGCAUCCGUCAUCCUUGGCCUCGGUGGCAUUGUGUUUCAAGUGUGGGCGUCGGAUGUGUCACAAGAAGAUGGUCCCAAGGUCGUAGGCAACGAAGUCGUCGACGAUCGCACCGCGUUACUCCCAAAGUGAUUCGAGAGAGAACAAUCACUCUAGCCUGACAAAUGCACCAACACAAGACCUUUCUCAUGAACACGGCAUGGAUCAUGGCUUAUUUGUGAGCAGCAACGGAUACCUGUAAUGCUCGACGAAUGCACAGAUCCGAGGGGUGAUGGACUCUUCGACCUGCAAGGCUAAUUGCAACACUGAACCUGGGUUACACGACA